UUCAGGACACAUGCACACUUAUAACUGUCUCUCUCUAGUGGUUCCUGAGCCAGGUCUGUCUUCAGGAGCUUUAGCCACACUGAUUUGUCUCUGUGUGCUGCUCGUUGUGGCUGUAGCUGUAACCGCUGGUGUGUGUUACUAUCGCCGCAAGUACUCGAGACUAAAGCAUGAAAUGAAGGCAAAAGAAGUGACAGAGGGAGAUUCAGUCGCUCUACACACUGGCAUAACCGAACUACAGAGAUAUGAUGAAAUACUCUGGAGGUUUGGACCUCAAGGCUCUAUCAUCACUCAAAUUUCUGUAAGGACCAACAAGACUUUACCUGGUGAUGACGAGAGAUUCAGAGACCGACUGCAGCUGAACAGUGAGACUGGAGAUCUCACCAUCAGAGACGUCAAAAUCACACAUUCAGGAGAUUAUCAGCUGAAGCUCAUCAGCACCAGAGAGACCAAAUCCAAAAGAUUCAGGGUUAUUCUCUAUGUGGACUCACUACGAUUCUCCGAGGGAGAAAACGUCACUCUAGACACCGGUGUAAGUGAACUACAUAGGGAUCAUCAGGUCCUCUGGAGGUUUGGAUCUGAAGACACCAUUAUAGCUCAAAGAGAUGGAGACACCAAUCAGCUCUCAUUUAAUGAUGUUGAUGACGGGAGAUUCGGAAGCAGACUGGAGAUGGAUGAUCAGACUGGAUCUCUCAGUAUCAUAAACACCAAAAGCACAGACUCUGGAGUUUAUCACCUACAAAUCAGCAGCAGAAAUAAUGUCUGGUAUAAGAAGUUUAGAGUUACAGUAUGGUUGGAUACACUAAAAGUGACAGCGGGAGAAUCUGUCACUCUAAACACUGAUAUCCCUGAACUAGAGGAAGACAGUAAGAUCCUGUGGACACAUGGAGAUAAUGACACCUGCAUUGCUGAAAUCAACAGAGCCACCAGUAAGAUCUCAUUGUAUCGUGGUAAUGAUGUGCGAUUCAGAGACAGGCUUCAGCUGGAUCAUCAGACCGGAUCUCUGACCAUCUGGAACAUCAGCAUCGCACAUUCUGAUGUUUAUAAACUACAGAUCAGCAGCCGCACAGGGAACCGGUGCAAGAGAUUCGUGAUUAUUGCAGACGAAAUCAAAGUGCGAGAGAUGGAGGGAGAUCGUGCCGAACUAAACACUGAUGUUCGUGAACUACAGAGAGAUGCUCUGAUACUCUGGAUGUUUGGCCCCGAAGACAAUCUUAUAGCUAAAGCUGAUAUGGAGAACAAUAAAAUGUCAACAUAUGAUGGUGUUAAUGGCAGAUUCAGGGACAGACUGGAGCUGGACCGUCAGACUGGAUCUCUCACCAUCACAAACAUCACAAACACUGACUGUGGACUUUAUAAACUCAAGAUCAUUAGCAGCAGCGAGACCAAAUACAAGCGAUUCAAAGUUACUAUUCGUGGGAACAGAGGGACAGAGAUCAACAGAGAAGAUACUGAGGGAUCCCUUCAGAGAGAAGACUCAGAGGGAAUACACUUGCUUCCAAUGAACAGCAGCAGAAGUGUUUGACAGAUUAAUCUUAUUCCCAUUUAAAAUGAAUAAAAAAAAACAAUUUUUUUAUUGUAUAAACCACUAACAUCCACCCCACAAACA